CAGCCCUCUGGAGGCUCCGGGCUGGCCGCACACCCACGGCCGCGCAGGGACGCAGGGAGAUUUAAACUCGGAGCCCAGUGGCCCAGAGAGAGGGCGGUGAGGAUGGGGCCGGGGUGGCUGCCGCCCGGGCUGGCCCUGGUGCUGGCGCUGGCUGUGGGGUCCCAGCCGCAAGAGCAGCUCCCCAGGGAGUCCCAAAAUCUCAACUGGAACAAGUUCUCAGGGUUCUGGUACAUCCUCGCCGUCGCCUCUGACACCCGGGGGCUCCUGCCGGGCGGAGACCGGAGGAAGCUGGGCGCGUCUCUGGUGCAGGUUCGCGAAGUGGGCCGGCUGAAGGUGGUCCUCGCCUUGAACGGGGUGCAGGGGUGCCAGUCACACACGCUCAUCCUGAGGAAGGACAGGAAGAAGGCCGUGUUCAGGAACACCCCGAAGGGAGUGCAGGGCUUCCGCGUGCUGUCCACCGACUACAGCUACGGCGUGGUGGACCUGCGCCUGGGCCGGGCCGGCCGGACCUCCAGGACCCUGCUGCUCUUCAGCAGACAGAACGUGUCCAGCUUCCCGAGCGUGAGGAAGUUCAUAGACAUUUGUGAGAUUCUGGAGCUCGCGAGGGGGGCGACCAUCCUCCCCAAGGACGGUAACGCGCACUGGAGCGCCCCCACGCGGGCGGCGGGGGGAUGGGAGGUGACGACGCCACUUCGCGAGGACCCGAUGCCACCGUGUAGGCUCGCCCGGUGUCCUCCGGCGCCCACACGGCCCUCCCCUCGGGCCUCCGCACUGUGGCUGGAGGACGGCUUUGCCGUCGGCGGUGCCCCGGACGUUGGGGGGGGGCGGUGGUCGGGAAACCGGGGAGAGCAGCCCGAGCGUCCCGCCAACGCGGCCCCGCCCCUGUCCCCCGCCCUCCCCUCUCCCGCAGCCUCGUGUGCGCGCACCAUCAUGCCGUGA